UUGUCCAUCAGCAAUGGAGACCUAUCGGUAUCCCCAGCUCCCUCCAGAAAUUGAGUCAGUGUACAUUGCUCUAUUUACAGAUAUUCAAAAUGCAACUGAACUGAAGAAGCGGCUCGUGGCCGCGUCUGUCAUGUCCGGAGAUGAGGGAGAGGUCGAGCGCGAAGCGGUCAACUUCGCAUUCAUCGAUGCUCGCUUGGUCACCAGUGUAACGCACUUGCAGACCGGCAUAUACCAUGCCAUCUUGGCCGCAACGCAAGACUCCUUGAGAACCAAGACGGUGCACUCGGAGGUACUCUGGACAUUGAACCCAAGCAAUAAUAUCAGCGAGGCUUUCCGACGUUAUGGCGUCACGGACGACAGCAAAGCCUUGUUCGUUGUGCGGAUCGACAAAGACACUCCAGACGUCUUGCUUAAGAUGCAAGCCGCCGUCAAGGGCACAGUAUCUUCCCUCUCCGCCUUGGCUGAUAUUACAGACUGGGCAACCGUAAAGAAGUAUCACAAGCUUAACAACGAACCCGCCGUUCGCGAGCAAUCCCGCGACCCUGCACGAGAGCGUGGCGUAAUAGAUGAGAUUGUCAUAAGCUCUGUGGCAAUGAAAAGCGUUCAAGCAUGAAAGUGACUCUUGAUCUGCUCUACUAAAGAAUGGAUUGCACAUCUAAUCCCGUAUGAAAGUGCUUGUUACGAGCCACGGUCUCCCCGUGAACACAGCGACUAGUUUAUACACCGGGUCCGAGGGGUUAGUUACCGUACGUUGCUUGGAUAGAUACAUGGUCUUGCUUUCUUCAGACGGGCAAUGACAACAGC